AUGGUAUCCCAGCCCAAACCUCUCGGUAGCUGCGAACUGAAAGAGCGAUCGGCGUCAGCUGCGUUCCGCUGCUCGUCGCCUCGUAGUCCGCCGUAUUCGUCAGUCCUUUCGUCCUCGAUCUCCUCAUCCGCCUCGGCUUCGGUCCCCUUCGCUUCGUCGUCCGUCGCGUGUCUGCCGCCCGCCGACGAAGCGCGCCAGGCGGUUGCUCUCGCGUCCUCUUCUUCGUUCUUGACUGGAGGCUCCGCGGAUUCGCCGAUCCUCUCCUCAGGAGAGCCGCUUCCGUGGGGGGUUCCGUUUUCAGUCUCCUCUGGCUGCUCCACUGGGGCCCCUUGCGCACCGAGCGUCUCGUGUUCCGGCGAGAUGCGCGAGGACGAGUCAGAGUCUUCCAAGCAGGAGCCUCACUCCUCUUCGUCCAUUAGCGCCAGCCCGGAGGUUGUUUCAGCGAGGCUUCCGCGUCGAAGGACGAAGCGGGGAGUCAAGCGUGCGCUGAGCGCGCGGCCGUCGCGCGCCGCCUUUCUCGUCGCCCUCCGUCGUCGCGUGCGCACCAGUGCAUCGGGCGAAUGCGUCAACCGCGCCUCCCCGUCGGCGGGUCCGCCGUCGUCCUCGGCUCCGGGGGCGGUAGCCGGCGGCCUUCUUCUUCUUCACCUCGCCCGCGUAGCCUUGCUCGCGUUCGACCCGCAGAAACGGGGACGGCGGUUGCGCAGCCGGAGUCGCCCGCAGGCCGGCGCGCCGCCUGCGACCCGCGCCUGCACCGACCUCUCUUGGAGCCCAGUGGGCGUCUCUGCCGCGCCGCUGCCUACUGCAGGCCGAGACACUUUGUCUCGUUCCGAAGCGCGGAGCACGGCUGACGAGGCGCUGGACAAGAAGCGAGCGCGGACCGCCGAAACUGGAGAAGCCGGUGAAGCGCCUCGAAGAAAAUCCAGGCGCGGGGGAGCGGCGAGGGCGAAGGCCGGGCGCGCCGACUGCGGUGCUGAGGAUGCCGCGGAAACCAGCGAGUGGGGUGAAGGGGGUCGGGAAGGAAAGGUCGCCACGUCGGUACGCGGUUCGCAGGCAACCGACAGCGAGCCUCCAGAAGUAGCCGUGCCGGCGCCUUCUGAAAACUCUCCGCCCACAACGCAGGGCGACGCGCCGUUGAGAGGCCCGAGGCAGGGCGGGCGGCGGCCUGCGUGCGCGGGCGUGUGCAAGACGAGCCGAAGCGUGGGUUCUGAAAUCGUGGGCUGCGGGGCGACGAUCAAAGAGAUCGGCGACUACCUUUGUGAGCACCUCCACCAGACAGACUCGCCAGCGUUCCGAACGAAUCUCUCGAGAUUUCUGCAAGAAUGCAUAGACGGCACGUUCAUCAAACGAGUCCGGCGGGGCGUCUACGCGCUGACGGCUCAAGCCGUGGUCUCGUCGGUCUGCAGCGCGUCUCCGUUUAGCGUCUUCCAGCGCUCCUUCGCCCGGAGUCUCCCGCUCUCCACUGGCGACCGGACCGCGGCUGUGCUGUGUAGGAAGCUGGCGCUCCAUGGAGGAGAGGAAACGAAGGCGCAGCAGACAGCCGACGCGCAAGCAACCGCGACACAGCAGGGGGGUCCAUAUUCUGGAGCGGAGCGGAGGUGCGAGGGAGCAGCAGGUCGCCAACACAAGGACGACGAAACGGCGCUUCAGAGGGAAUUCUGCGACAGUGAGGCGACUGACCUACAGGGUGGGGGUCCAGGAGGAAGCCCAGCCGUCCGCGCCGUGGCUGCGAAGGACCCAGGAGGGUCGUGUAGUCGAGACAGGGAUACGGGGAAGCGGUUCGGGGACUGCUCAGGCGGCGAAGUGAGCCGAGAGGCGGCAGCGAGGGGAGAACGCGAAGGGCUAGCUGAGAGCAUGACGCGCAUGGACACGGCGGAGACGGCAGCCAGCUCGACGGCAGAAGAGAUAGAGAGCCCGCGAUGUAAUUUUGAGUCUGAGCUUGCUGAUGAGGUCGCGAAUCCGCACGUAGUUCCCUCUGAAAGCGUUGGCCGCUUCGCGGGCGGAAUAAACAAGGAAGCAGGCCCAGUCGCGGAGUCCGUUGUGCUUACAUGUACCACGUCAUCCUCGUGGAUAUCGUUGACUUCUCUCGCCUCGCCUUCCUCCCCGUCUUCCUCGCUUCCUUCGCCGCUUGUCGCUUCAGGCGCCUCGUCGGUCUCGUUCCCAGACCCGUACCACGCCCUGGCUGCGUCUCCAUCGCUUUCGUCAUCUUCUUCCGCAUCGACGCUGGCCGCGCGUGUCGAAUGCCCUUCUCUCGUCUUCCCUGCGGCGCUGUGUGAACAAGCUCUGCCUGCCGCGCCGGCUCCAGUUUCUUAUUAUCUCAAGCGUCCCUCCUUGGAUGCCUCAUCUGCGGACGAUAGUUCGACAAAGCUGCUCGGCCGGUCGUCUUUCAUCUUCGCUUCUUCAACGCUGCGGCAUGCAGGAGUGCGUCGCGGGUCCCCCUUCUCUCUCAGUGCCCCCAAGCAGAUUUUCGGCAGGCCCGCCCUCCCUGCCCAGAUCGGCUUUCUGACUCUUGAGAAGAAACUCAGAGGCCCGAUGCGGGCCGCCUCCUGCCUUCCUGCGCAGGCUGCAGCUGCGCGGCUGGGAGAGACGGCGAGCUCUGCAGGGGGCUCGUGCGCCGCGCGGGGGCCUGCGGCCCCGGGCGAGGGGACAGACGUCUGUUGUCCGGCAGGGAGUGGGGAAGGUACCAGAGCUCGCGUGGGCACCUGCCGCGAGCGCUGCGUCGCAGGACGACUGAGAAAGGGAUCCGCCCCGCAGCAUGCAGCAAACGGCGUGGGAGGCGCCGGACUCGUAUUCGGAGACCUGUCAUGGAAACGAAAGAGCGUCAAGGUUGAGAAGGAAGUCGAGCGGGGAGCGUGGGGAGGCAGGCACCCCAGCGGCGGGCGUGCGGCUGAAGAGACAAACUUCGGGGAGACGCAGGCGAAGAGGAGAAGGACGAUGAGACCCGCGAGAGGGACCGACGCGGCAAAUCAGGCUGCUGAGGUACGGCUGGAGGCGGCGGAUGCACAGAAAGCCGAAAACAGCGGUGACAAAGGGAGUGAGACAGGGAGAGAGAAGCCAACGCCCAAGAGGCGCGGGCGGCCUCCCAAGAGAGCGCAAGGAGUCGAGCCUGUUUCCUCAGAUACGCGUGUGCGUGAGCUCUGUUCCAGCGCAGAGCCUCAACUUCACCAUCCCCCAGACAAGGUGGCAGGUGAGCCACAGCUGGGCGCGGCAGGCGCAGAGCGGUGUCGAGCCGCUUCCUUUCGUUUGCCUUUCUGCGCGCUAGACAACUUGCAGAUGAAACCGAGAAGGGCGCCAGGCAGGCCUCACGGGUCUGUGGAGGAUCUCUGUGAGAGGGUGAAGAAGCAUGGCAGGGAGCUGCCGGUGACGAAGAGCGAGUCGGCGGAAGAGCGGCGGUCAGCGCAGCGGCGCAAACGGGGCGGCAGCGGUGAGCACCGGGUUGGUGAGGAAAGAAAUCCGCUCUCGGGCGGCAAGCAACAUGCGCUGCGACCAUGUCUCAGUCGAAAACAGAGAGACUGCAGGCAGAGUGAGAAGCUGAGGAGGGAAGAAUCGAACGGUUUGCAGUCGGCAGUUGUGAGAAAAAGGGCUUUUGACACCGUGGAAGACGUCCUUCAUGCCCUCGAGUUUUCGCCGAGAAACCAGAAGGGAGAAGACGCGAGAGAGCUAGAAGCAGACGAGGCGGCGGUCAGUGCGUCCUACCCAGCCGAAGGCCUGCCGCCCCCGGAAGGGGACGAGAACGAGAGGAUGGAGAAAGGUGGCGCCUUGCAUGGGAGACCGGGCAGGACGGGCGAGAGGCUGAGGAGAGGGAGGAGGAGGAAAGCAGCAGAUGGCGACGUGCCCGCGGCGAGCGCGCGCGUUGGACGCUUCGUCGGCGUCAUCGACACUCUCCGUCGAGGCCGCAGCCGAGGGCUGCUCGCUCGCUCGAAGCGCCAAGUCCCCACACCCUAG